GGUCGGGCAAUCCGUGCUCUCAAAUUUCUUCGUUAAUAAAGAUACAUUUGAAGAAUUCGAGAUUGACAAAGCAUGGAGUAUAACGCUUUUUAUUCAACAUUUAAGGAAAAUUUGCAAUCUAGCGUAUUCUAUAAACAGUUUUCUUAGAGUACAUUUCAGUACUGAGGAAGACGAAACAAUAAAGAAAACAAAUUUAUUUCGGAUGCAAAUACUUUUUAAUUCAGAAGAAGAAUUUAUUAAAAUGGAAGCAAUGAUGUUUGGUAGUUUAGCUGGCUCAACAAAUCCAAAUAAUGUAAGAAUUCCGCAAGCAACAAUGGAUGUUUUGGAGAGGAAUGAACAUCCAGAAGAUACAUUACAUAUCGCCGAGGGUGGAAUGAUUUCUAUAGAAGAGCACAGAAUGUUGUUACAAUGA